CCUAGUGCUUCCUUAGAAACUAGUCUUGGAAAGAUCUUUCCUUUCCUUAUGCUCUGAUACAGUUGUAGCUACUUUUCCAGGAAAUUCUACCCAUGCAAGUACUAAGAAGUCUGCGGGUGUAGCACCUGUUGCCAUGGGAACCAAGGUGUCCAAAGCCAGGCAAAGAAGUCCUCCCAUUGGUCCCCAUCCUGAAGAGCAUCAUGGGACCUCUCAGGCUGACAAGGCCCCACCAGUUGGCAAUGGAGUGUCUAAAGAACAGUUCGGGGCAACCAAAGGACAACCAGCUAACCAGAUGUCAUCACAAGUGGCUGCUGAGAUAGUUUCCGGAUGUUGGAAGACAAUAGAACAACAGUGUGCAGAGUACCAGUCAGGUACACAGGGCAGUAAGGACAAAGCACAAGUUGGCUGGCAAGAAGUUCGAGUCUUCGUUUCGUCAACCUUUGCUGACUUUCACGCUGAAAGAGAAGCACUGGUCAAGAAGGUGUUCCCUGAACUGCGGGAGUGGUGUGAGGGGCGGCAGCUCCACCUGGUGGAAUGUGACCUGAGGUGGGGGGUUCCCAAGGACUCCACCUCACAAACAACCAUCAGCAUCUGUCUGGAGGAGCUGGACAGGUGUCUCAAGGAGACUGACGGGCAGCCGUUCUUCUUGGCCAUGCUGGGCGAAAGAUAUGGAUGGAUACCAUCUACUGAAGAUGUGUCAGCUGACAUCAGGGACAAUUAUGAUUGGGUGGACCACCUGUCAAUCACUCAUAUGGAGAUUACCCAUGGUGCACUCCGUCCAAACAACCCCAAUGCAGCAUUCUUUCUCAGGGACCCCAUGUUUCUCAAGGACCUACCUGAGGAAUUUUACGGCAAAUUUGUAGAUGAUGAUCCACUAUGUGUAGAACAACUUAAGGAAUUAAAGUCUCAGCUCCAUCUAAAGUUUCCAGACCAGACCUUUGACUACAGGUGCAAUUUCUCUGAUGUACAAACAGCAGACAACAAGGUGCAGUUAUCAGAUCUGGAUGACUUCUGUUCACAGGUGGUCCAGUUCUUCAAAAAUGCCUUCAAUAAAAAAUAUCCUGAAGACCGUUUGCAGAAUGAUCCUCUCAGCCUAGAACUGCUGCCCCACGACACGUACAUGCAACAGAAAGGCCAGCUGGUUCUUGGCAGAGAAGCUGAGAUGGAGGCAUUGAUGCAGUUUGCUACAGGAGAUGACAACAGUUCCUCAGCAGUACCCUCAGCCACAGACUCUGAACAAACUGGAGAAAGCAGCUUCCCGAUAAUGAUGGUGGUGGCCCAACCUGGCACUGGCAAAUCUGCUCUCAUGGCCAAGUUCACCAUGGAAGUCACUCAGAAAUGUGACAAUGUCUUAUACCACUUUGUUGGAUGUGGACCUGACACCAUGGAUCCAGCCAACAUUCUUCAGAGACUGUAUAAAAAACUAGACAAAUCUGGAUCAGAAAGAGAAACAGAACAAGACAAGGAGAUGUCACCUGACCAGCUGAAGGAGAAGAUACAGAAACAGCUGCGAGACUUUGGGGAGACGGAGGAGAGGCUCAUCAUCAUCAUCGAUGCUGUCAAUCAGCUUGCAGAUCACAGCUCUACCUACCACUUGGACUGGCUAGCGCUGACGUUUCCCUGCAACGUUCGCUGCAUUGUCAGUACAACAGAACACCCUCCCACUCUGAGCAGGCUGAAGGACAGACAACCUCCUCCCUGUGAGCUCACUGUGCCUGAUCUGGACAAGAGCACAAGACAAGACAUUGUCACUAGAUACUUCAAGAGAUACAAUAAGGCCCUGGACAAGGAGCAGUUAGAACUGCUGACAUCAUCAGAUGGUUCCAGUAACCCCAUGUGGUUGGCUAUUGCCUGUGAGGAACUGCGGGUGUUUGGAGUGUUUGAACAGGUCACAGCAAAGAUCCAGUCCCUGCCACCAUAUUUGGAAGGCCUGCUGUCCAUGGUGAUCUCACGGGUGAUCCAAGAAGAUGAGACCAGGUGUGCAGAGAAGAUGCUGUGCCUUUUGGAGUGCUCACAGAGUGGUCUACAGGAGACCCAGCUUCAGGUGUUGCUAGGUGACCCUGAGACAGCCACGCCCCUGCCCAUGCUGACCUGGAGUCAGGUGCACAGAUCACUCAAACCCUUCCUGAGGAACACCACCGGCCACCUGAACCUGCCCAGUAUGGACUUCUGCCACAACUCCAUCAGACAGGUGGUGCAGGAGACCCUGAUGAGCAACCAAGCAACUCAGCAGAACUACCACAAGCUGCUGGCUGACUACUACCAGGGUCAAUGUGCUAGCCAGCAGUUGGUGGCCUUGGAGUUGCCCUACCAUCUGCAGCAGGCUGGUCUGCAUUCCCAGCUGGUGGAGUUUGUUAGGAAAGACCUUCGCUCACUCCAGAUGGGGAUGUACAGCAGGCAGAAAUACAUGAAUGCCAUUCGAUGCAGGACCCACAUCCCACCAGGUGGGUUUCACGGCGGCCAUGUUGCCCAGAUCGUGAUCUGCAAGAUGUGCUCCAUGCAGAUGCAGGCCUUCACACCUGCCAGGACAAUGAACAAAGACACCUGCGUCAUCUGUGGUCACUUCACUCCCUUCAAGAAAGAACAGCAGAAGGUCCAGUUUUGCAUGCUGCACAAGCCUCCUCUGGUGGCGCCCGGCCAGGACUGGUGCCUGGUGUGUGAGAAGCCUGCCAUCGCUCUGAGAGGACGACAGAAUGACCCAGCCUACCUCUGUAUGAUGUGCAGUGUAGGGAUAUGCACCAACAGAUGUGCAAAGGUCUAGUAUGUAUGGUAUGGUUAAAAAAAAUAAAGGUAGUCCCAUACUUUU